UAAAGUUAGUGAUGAUAAAUAGUGUACCAUAGAAAGAACUACGUCUGUCUUCUGGAAUAUAUACAUGCGUGUUUAUAUGACUUCGUACAGUUUAUAAAUUAACUAUAAAUAUUUCAUUAAUUAAUUUAGUGUUGUUGGAAAUUUGAGAUGUUUUAAAAUAAGUGCAUUCAUUAUAAUAAUAAAAUAUUAGAUACGUAAUUCGAACGGGGCUUAAUCAAUUGCUAUAUAAUAUCAGUUGUACGAAUUAAUGCUACUUUGACAACAGUGUAACUAAAGUAUUCAUGAUGUGGGCAUUGAAUAAUGUGAACAUCGCAAAUACGUACGAAUCGAAUGAAUUUUGUGUGCCAGAUGAUUAUACCCUAUCGUCACAGUGGGACUAUGAUGGUGGCUACUCAACCAACUACAGCGAAAACGAAAUUGAUCUCGCCACCGUGUUAAUGAACCUGAAGGAAGACUACCCUUCCCCAGACGGAAGUCUGAACGACCACCAAGAACCGGCGUACUACGAUCCGACGACGACUGGUGGCGAUCAACAGUAUCAUCACCAGGUUCUACAAUGGCAAUGUCCACCCGGCGAACAACCACAGCACGUGCUCGUGUAUGACUCGUUGUACAGCAAUUACACCCGCCCAUCCCAUGACAACUGUCUUCUACCCACUAUAUUAGACCCAGAUGACGAAUUUUUCAAAGCGAGUAACACGUCGACGGAGAAAAAACGGGCGGGCCGGCCGCGUGGCACGAAGGCGAAACGGUCGAAAGCUGAGCCCAAACUGAGCAGAAUAUGGGAGUUUAUCAGGGACCUGCUGUUGAAUUCGCAAUAUUGUCCGACUUACAUAUGCUGGGAGAACUAUGAGGAGGGCAGAUUCAGGUUCGUGCAAAGCGAUAAGGUAGCGAAACUGUGGGGCAAGUUCAAGCGCAAUGAGAGGAUGAACUAUGAGAAGUUCAGCAGGGCCAUGCGAUACUACUACAAAACCGGUGUGUUGUUGCCGGUGCAGGGAAAACGGCUCGUUUACAAGUUCGGGCCAAAAGCUACCGGGUGGCACACGAAUAAUCCAAAUUUCAAAAAUUAUACAUUCUAGACGACGCCGAACCGGUUAAUUAUCGUAAUAUCGUAUACGUUUAUACCUCUUGCUAUGUCAUUAUAAUUUUAUGAUGUUAACAUGAUGUUAUAUAAAUAGUUACACACAUCAUAAGCAAUAUUGUGUUAUAUCAUAAGAUGUCAGACGUUUGUGUAUUAUUAGUGGAUAUAAUAUGGUACACAAUAACGCGCGACGUAAAUGCCUAGUGCCUACUGUGUAGGUUAAUGAACACCAUACGUCUUAUCAACAAUUUUGUUCGACGCAAAAAUCCGAAAAUACCUCAAAUAUUUAAACGAGUAUGAUUUUUGUAUGAUGAAAUUUGCAAGCAUUUAUCAGCUUAAAUAAUAUGUUAUCUUUUUUUUUGUUUAUACCUUACCAUAAUUGUUUUAAUGUACUUGUAAUAUUAUAUAUUUGUCCUAUAGUUUACACAUAAUUAUAAUUAUUCUACUUAAGAAUAAUAUGUUUUUAGAAUGCUUAAUUUAAAUAAUUUUAAGAAUAAUAAUAUCAGUGAUUUUGUCUUAAUAAUUUGUGUGGUUGUAACUUUAAUGAUGUAAAAAUGAACAAAGGCUGAUACAAUUUAAAUUAUAACAAAUUAUAAAAUUAUUAAUUAUAC